CUUUGGAAGUGUGUGCAUUAUGGUGUUCAAUCAGAGCCUUCUUAUUUUCAUGUUUAUUGUGGCAUCAAACGGCAUUUUAUGCUUUGUUAAUGAUGACAUAUGUGGAGUGAACCUGAAACUUCAGGGCUUUGCCGGACCUCGAGUUAUUACAACUUCCAAUGGUGACACGGGUCCCCCCGGCUCUUGGCCCUGGAUGGUUUCGGCUGGAGAACUGUCCUCUGAAGGAGUCUGGGAACAUCGUUGCGGUGGAACCAUCAUUGCCUCUAAUCUGGUACUCACUGCCGCUCAUUGCGCCUUCGAUGACAGGUGGCUUAUUCGAACUGGAGAUCGGGACUUGGAUUCGAGUUUCGACGAUGCAAAGGUGAUUACCCGCAAGAUCAAGAAGAUUCAUGUCCACCCCAAGUAUGUCUAUGAUCUGACAGCUUAUUACGAUGUAGCCAUUUGGGAGUUGGACGAGGAUGUGGAGUACAAUAUUUUCCAUCGGCCGAUUUGCUUGCCCAAUGAACCUUCAUUGGAUUUGAAUAAAUAUGAAGGGGAUCAAGUCACUGUUCUCGGGUGGGGACUACAAACAUCUAAUGGCGGCCGAAGUGACAACACCUUGAAACAAACUCCGGUGAAAGUGUUCUCCAACUUGUUUUGCAACACAAGUCAUUCCAAUUUGGACUCCAAUAUCCUUCAAUUCCGGACCAAGGCUACAUUGCCAAAUCUUUUCAAAGAUCACCUUAUGUGUGCCGGCUACGAAUUGGGCAAUUUUGGAUCGUGCUCAGGAGAUUCGGGGGGUCCAAUUGUGCGCCUUUUGACCACACCGCCCAAUAUUCGCUACAUCCAGGUUGGAAUCGUACAAGGUGGCGUCGGAGAUUGCGGAGACAGUCGAUAUCCAGGGAUCUACAUUCGUCUGGACGACCCCGAUAUCCUGGCGUUUAUUCAAAGCGUGGCUGAUCCAGGAUCUGUUCCUUCAACGGUUCGAACAAGUCCGGCCCCUCUUCCAAUUGUUACUAGCCCUACUCCACCUCCUAUCCAAGAGAACCCCCCACGGGUUGGCCCUGGAACAAUUGGCCAAGGAACUGUUGGUUCUGGAGCAAUUGGUCCUGGAAGUCCCGACUUUGGUGGCUUAUUCGCAAACCAAGCACCUAGGCCAAUUUCGGGUUGAGGUGUUGGUCAGAAUGUUUUUUAAUGGGGUUGUUGUCAAAUGAAAUAAAACUAAAAAAUAGU